GGGACUGUGGCAUCUGGAGGAGGCCAGCUCUAACACGGGAUUUAUCCUGAAGAAAAUACUUGCAGAGGAAGAAGGUUUGGAUGGUGAUGAACGUUUUUGUGCCCUUGAGUGAACAGCUUUAUUUAAGGUCCAGAAAUGAAGAGAAAUAGCCUGUCCUCCCUUUCCAUCUCCCUCUGGUUGAUGUUUACAGCAGUGAUGCUUCAAGCUGUAGAAUCAGCCAAAGGAAAAUAUGCUCACAUGCUGUUUAAUGAACUGUUUGAAGACUACUCAAAUGCUCUAAGACCAGUGGAAGACACAGAUAAAGUGCUGAAUGUCACCCUUCAGAUCACGUUGUCCCAAAUUAAAGACAUGGAUGAAAGGAACCAAAUUUUGUCAGCUUACUUAUGGAUUCGACAAAGCUGGUAUGAUGCAUACCUCAAAUGGGACAAAGAUAAAUAUGAUGGGUUGGAUUCUAUCAGGAUUCCAAGCAAUUUGGUUUGGAGACCAGAUAUUGUCCUAUAUAACAAGGCUGAUGAUGACUUUUCAGAACCAGUGAAUACUAAUGUUGUGUUGAGAUAUGAUGGAAAAAUCACUUGGGAUGCACCCGCUAUCACAAAGAGCUCAUGUGUAGUGGAUGUAUCUUAUUUUCCUUUUGACAGCCAGCAGUGCAACCUUACAUUUGGUUCCUGGACCUAUAAUGGUAAUCAGGUAGACAUCAACUCUCUUGAUAGUGGUGACCUCUCUGAUUUUGUAGAAGAUGUAGAAUGGGAGAUUCAUGGUAUGCCAGCAGUUAAGAAUGUCAUCACAUAUGGCUGCUGCUCUGAGCCUUAUCCAGAUGUGACCUUCACACUGAUUUUGAAAAGGAAGUCUUCAUUCUACAUAUUUAAUCUGUUACUGCCUUGCAUUUUGAUCUCUUUCCUGGCCCCACUGGGAUUCUAUCUCCCUGCAGACUCAGGGGAAAAAGUGUCUCUGGGUGUUACGGUUCUGCUUGCUCUGACCGUGUUCCAGCUGAUGGUUGCAGAGAUCAUGCCUCCUUCUGAAAAUGUACCUUUGAUAGGGAAGUAUUACAUAGCAACUAUGACCAUGAUCACAGCUUCCACUGCAUUGACGAUCAUUAUAAUGAAUCUCCAUCACUGUGGCUCAGAAGCAAAGCCUGUUCCACAAUGGGCCAGGGUGGUUAUUUUGGACUACAUGUCAAAAAUCUUUUUUGUUUAUGACGUGGGUGAAAAUUGCACAAGUCCAAAAAGAGAGAAGGAAGAACAACGUAAGUUAGAGGGGUAUGAUGGGUGUCAGAGAAGGCACAAAGAGGUAAGGGGUCACCUUUCCAAUACGAAUGAUGACUGUGAUCUUGAUGAGAAGCUCAAUGGAAACUUGAAUAAAAGCUAUGGGGUUCAUGGUGAAAAUGUUAGGGAGACUGUUAAUUGCUGUUCCUGUUAUAAAAUGCUGAUUAAAAAUAUUGAGUAUAUUGCUAAUUGUGUUCGAGACCAUAAAGCAAACCGGGCCAAAGGAAUUGAGUGGAAAAAAGUCGCAAAAGUGAUGGACAGGUUUUUCAUGUGGAUUUUCUUUAUCAUGGUGUUUUUUAUGAGUGUGCUGAUCAUUGGGAAAGCAGCUUAACUGAAAAUGAACACAUUUCUUUUGUAAAUCUGAACAUACUGGGUUAACCUGUUUUGAUGGAGCUCUGCGACUAGGGUGCUUUUGAGAUCUUUGUCUUGCAUUCUGUAACAAUAAAUUGAUUCUGUAGACUGUGACAGCGCGUUGAGACAUUGCUCACCUGAGGGCUUUGUUAAUGAACGUCCUUGCCUUUUAGUAGGGGACUGCAGCCCUGAUGAGGUUGCUGGGUAAGCACUCUGUGCUCCAUCUUGAGGGGUGGUGGCCAUGGUUUCAAGCUGAAUGGGCUGGAGUGUUGCAGUGAGGGAGCAGGCAGCCUAGCAGGCAGCACUCUAUUCACAGGGCUGCAUCUCUGCACCUUGUAACUUGACCAGCCCUUUCUCUCCCCCAGAAAUAGAAUGUGUUUGACAUGGUGGCAGUUCCUGGAAAUCAUCCCUUCAUGCAUGGCAUUGCCUUUUUCCCUUUUUUUAGCUUGUCCUGUUAAAUUUUUGUUAUGGCUCUUUCUGAUCACUGUUUCUAUCAUUUCAUAGGCUCUACAUGUCUAUCUGCUGUGCCUUUCACUUCUAAUACCAUUGAGCUCACUGAAUAUUGAUGGUUACCUUGAUCUUCCUCUUUAUCAUUCCCUGUUGUUACUAUGGCUCCAGUAAGCCAGAUUCCCAGGAGUUCUUCCUCAUUGAGUUGGAGGACCUUUCUUCCAUUCUUUCUUUUGAGUCUAAUAAUGGGAAGGACUUCUGUCCUCCCUAGAUGUCUCAUUCCCCUGGCCAUUUGUGCAAGAUGGGCCUUUAAAUGCUAUUUGACACUGCUAAAAUGGGAGGCUGUGACUUUCAUCUCUGCUCAUUUUAUUGAUGUUCACCCCAUGUGUCCCUCUUCCACUCUUAGAUCCUCUUUAAUACUUAAAUUUUGAACUAUUUACAGGAAUGCCAAGGUUGCUCUGUGCAUUACUUAGCACAAAAGCAUGAUUUUACUAGCUCACUAAAAUAGUGUCAUCAACACUCCUUGCUCAAACACCUUAGUACUUGUAUGUGAAUGUGUUUGUCACUGAGAACAUCAAAAACCCCUCUUCUGUGUGUUAAUUUCUGUUAACUCUGACUGAUAGAUUUCUGGAACAUGUCUCACAUAGUAAAGUGAGAAGCUAGUACCCCGGGCAUACCCAUGGCAGAUAAAAUGCUUUUACAAAGCACCCUGAAUUCUGAAACCAUGUUAUUCUAGAUGCAGUGAGAGGGGCAGAAUGACACUGUAACGGAUCCCAGUCAAAAGUUCAUGUGAUAAAACUCAUUUUUGUAAUUGUUGCAGUUAAUAGGAGCAUACCUGUGAAGCUGUAACUUAAGAGCAAGGAAUCAAAAUGGCAAAAUGAUGCAGUUGUUAUGCCCAAAUUUAUUGGAAGAAAGGGAAUUGUAAUUACUAUUAUGAUGUAAAUGAUACAUUGAAUUGCUAAUGGUGGGUUCUCUUAUGUGUGGAAUAAUUAAUGCUGU